CCCCCCUCCCCCAGCUCCAUCAUGCCUGUCCUCAAAAACCUCCCGGUGCGUCUGAAAGGCGGCCCGACGCUCGACAACGCCUUUAUCCUGCGCAGGAUGAGCCUCAACAUCACCCACCACCACAACCCCUUCGCCGACGACGACGCCGACUCCAUCCACGGCAACGGCAACCACGGCAACCACUGGUCGCCCGGCGGCUCGCUGCUGGAUGGCGGCGCUCCUCGGGACCGCAAUCCGUUUGAAGACGAGGAGGACGAGAACGAAGCCAAUGAGGGCAAGAGGGGAGGAGGAGGCGGAGGCGGAGGAGGAGGAGGCGGCUCGGGGAAAGGCCCCUUCAAGUUCACGUCGCCGCUGAAGAGCCUGGGGAAGCUGGGAAAGAACCUGAGGGUGUCGGGGCGGAGCAAAGGAAGUGACACGCCCUCCCCGCAGGGGUCGCUGCAGGGAACGCCAUCUCCUGCAGAGAAGAAGAAGAGAGGGAGGCGGAGCUCCGAGGGGAGUCUGCUCAGGUUUGCAGGGAAGUACCGCGACUCCCGCAGCUCCCGCAAGGAGUCUCUCACCAACGGGGAGCUGAACUGUUCGGAGAGCGAGGGCGACUCGACCAGCCGCCGCCUCUCCUUCAUGAAGAUGGUCGGCCUGGGGAAGCUGAAGAGGGAGUCGAUGGCCGACCACGCCUCGCAGAGCGCCGAGGAGCAGCCGGUGCAGGAGGAGCCGGUCGAGGAGGUGAAGCCCCGGGAGCCGCUGUCUGUCCUGGAGAUCCUGCAGCUCGUCACCAAGCGUGAUCUCUUCCUGGCCGACACUCACAUCCUGGAACUUGAGCAGGAGUGCAAUGAGGUCACCACCACGACCUCAGCCGUGACUUCGGCGGACAAGGCGGCGCCGGAGGACGCCAUGAGCCCGGGCAACAAAGACAGCGGGCGGCGGAAGGCGAAGGACGUGGAGCUGCUGUACGAAGCUCUGCAGAAGGAGCUGUGGGCCGUGGUGAGAGAGUCGCUCCGCUCGCCCACGGCGGGACCCAACCUCGGCCUGGUGGUGCAGGUGCUGCAGCAGGAGGAGCAGGCUGACAGUGAUUGGGCGAUCAGCGUGAACGCGGCGCCCGGCGGCCCGCGGCCUCGCCAGCUGAAGCAGCGAUGGAGGGAGGCGGUGCAGGAGGCGGCCGAUGCCUCGCUGCCGCAGAGCGCCGAGCUGCAGCCGGGCGAGCUGGACGGCUACCUGGACCGCCUGCGUGCCCAGGUGGUGGACGACCUGAACGCCGCCAAGAGAAACGUGGUGCCCAUUUACCCAGAGGAGUACCAGCCCUUCCAGGUUUACGUGCAGAGUUACCACCAGGCAGUUGCCAGUCGUCUGGCGGCCAUCACCGACAGCCAGCUGGAGAUCACCGACAUCUACUCUCUGCUGGACUGGCUGCACAACAUAUACAACAGAGACGUGUUGGGAACGGUGUGUAUUACGACUCCAUUCAACCGCUCCCACUUAGGUCCUCUGCUGCCGUCAGAGACUGUGGACAGACUGGAGCUGGACUGCCUCAACUCCGUCAGGGCCAAAGUGACGACGGAGCUGAGUCAGGUUCUGGACGAGGAGGAGAAGAGGUGGAUGGAGACUCUGCACAUCGAGGAGUAUCAGAUCACACUGGCCAAGACUGUCAUCCAGAGGCUGCAGGUGGACCUGGAGCGCUCGGCAACCAUCAGCAGCAGUUUGGGCUCCAGAGUGGCUCAGUGCAGCCUCAACGGCCUGGCUGACUUCCUGUACAGUUUCCAGCGUAAGGUGGAGAUGUUUCAUGAGGGCAUGCAGAGCGGCAUGUUCGGAGACAACGAGGACGGAUACGUGUCCAAAACCAUUGCUCUGGUCAACUGCUGCCCGCCGUUCAGGGGCUUCGUGCAGCGCUGUGCUCAGUGCGACCCGGCCAUCAGCGAGGACUCUCUGCAUCGUGCCGGCAGAGCUCUGGACCACAUCGUCAACCUGGGGGUCCGAGUGCUGAGCGACCGGCUGUACCAGCACAUCAGGCCGUUCUUCGAAAAGCUGGUGAAGAGGAAGUGGCUGAGCAACACGGAGCCGUAUGAGCAGAUUGAGGCUCUGAUCAAAGAAUAUUUCAAGAAAUAUCGCAGGAUGGACAGUCCACCCUACCAGCUGCUGGUGGCCGAGGUUCACCGCCGCGUGCUGAUGGAGUAUCUUCGCUCGGUGAUGCGAGGCAGAAUCAUCUGCACCUCGCUGAAGAUGAGGAAGAGGAUGGCGGGACGGCUGAGGGACGAAGGCAAACAGAUCAAAGUCCUGUUCAAGGACCUGGAGUCUCCCAGCAGCUGGCUGGACGGCGCUCUGUCCCACAUCUCAGAGAUCAUCCAGCUGGAGGACGUCCCCUCGGUGCAGAUGGAGGUCGCCGUGCUUGUGCGAGAGUUCCCCGACGUCAGGAAGAAGCACGUGUCUGCCAUUUUGAAUAUUCGUGGCACGACUCGGCAGGCUGAGCGCCAGGAGAUUCUCAACAUCGUCAAGGACAUUGAGAGCAGCGAUGGCGGUGGCGGCGGGACGGCCCGGCUGUCCCGGGACCGCGCGCUCUUCUCCGAGGUGCCAGUCACAUCCGAGGUGCACUGCCUUAACAUCGGGCUGAGUCGCAUCGCCCUCACUGCCUCGUCCUGCAUCAGCACCCUGCGACCGCGGCGCAAAGCCAGAGCCAGAGCCACCGUCCAGGAAAACCCGGACGACGGCCUCUAAGCAGCCAUGUUCACGCUAUUCCAUUUUUUUGUGUGUUUUAUUUUUGUGAAUCAUAAUUUCUAAUCAUAAUGGACCACAUUUUGUGCUGAUAAUCCAGAACAGCGGGUUAGUAUGAAUGAUGGCGAGUUGCAAUAACAGCUACUACCAGUGGCCAGCGCCGUACCUGCCACAAGACAACUACUACCACCUUUACUACUGAAAAUACUUCCAUUUGUAACACUGCAACAACUACUGCCAACUUCACUAAAACCACUCAAAUUCAUUUUUAACAUCUUAACAAAUUGCACUGAAAGUGCUUUCUUCAUUUUCAGCACCAUAAUAUCAGCUACCAACUUUACUAAAACUACUUUUUUUUCAUUUCCAACUUUGUAACAACUUUUUACCAACUUCACUAAAGCUACUAAACUUAAUUUUUAACAUCAUAACAUAUUGUACCAGCUUCACUGAAGGUGCCUUCUUCAUUUUCAACACCAUAACAACAACUUGACUAUUUCCAUUUUCAACCCUGUAACAGCGACUACCAACUUUACUACUGAUAAUAUUUCCAUUUGUAGCACCGCAACAACUACUGCCAACUUCACUCUUCAUUUUAAAUUUUGCAACAACUUUUUAUCAACUUUACUAAAGCUACUAUCUUUACUUUCAACUCCAUAACAAAAACUACCAACUUGACUAUUUCCAUUUUCAACCCUGUAACAGCUCCUGCCAGCUUUACUGUCACUACCGCCUUCAUUUUCAACACCACAAGUUAAACAUCUCCUCUUAAUCAUUUUUCAGCACAGUAAGAGUUGCUACCAUCUUUGCUGCAGCUGCUUUCACUUUAAUUUUCUUUCGGCAUGUUGUCAGCUGUCGUCAGUGUCGAACCCCGCCCUCCUCCUCGCUGGGAUUGAUCAGUCAUCUCUUCAUUAUUCAGAUUUGUCGGUCCAGGUUGUGGUGGUUGAACUUUUCUCCGCUCUGGAAAAGCAGUCUAUAUGACAUAAAAAAAAAAAAAGCCGGGUGCAGUAUCUUUUUCCGUAACCGUUAACAUAAAGAAGGGCAUCCACAGUUUGAAAAAAGGGGAAUAGUGUGAACAUUAUAUGAGGACUUGUGAAAGUCCAUGAGCAUCUCAGCAGGAGAGAGGGAGCCAGAGAGAGAAUGAAAGGGAAACUCCAGCAGACGCCUCUGUGUGUUCUGCCAGCAGAGCUCAGCAAACACUCGGGAAGCCGCGGAUGUGCCGCCCAGUGGCUUGAUGUCUAACAAGAUGAAACUUUGACGUUUCUGGGGCGAGCGUGUCUGAUUCAGCAGGCGUUCACCAGCUCAGUGCCUUCAUGGAUUGUACGUUUGACGUGCAGUGCUUGUUUGCAGAUUGUUUGGCCUUUCAUCGGAUAUUCUUUGGAAGAGGAAACUGAAAAAAACAGAGCUGCCAGGGGAGCCAGGAAUCAUGGAAAUAUGGCACCAGUGAUUAAGGAUAAAAAUGGACUGAAAAUAAAGGCUCCUCUGACAUUGUGGGAGUGAUCACUGCAUGUCACAUCACUCUGAGAUGAGCAGCACCUUAAGAAGGCUCGAUGCUCGUGAUUCUCUUGACUGUAUACAGUGUGAACAGAUUUUAAUUUUAUUUUGAUAGACACCUCACAGACAAACACACACAAUCUUACCCAUUUCAUGUCCAUACACUUUCAACAUGAAUGUCAAAUGUGAGCAAACUCGAACAGACACCAUGAACAAAGCUCACAUCCUAAAUUUAUGACCAGUGAACAACAACAUUUUUGCUGUUCAUUUGCUAGAUGUUCAGUCAGUUUGGUUUGUUGCAGAAAUUCAAUGAACACAUGUAAAAUAUCCACCUGGUACAGAAAGCAGCCUCUCUGUCUGCAGAGACUUCACCUGCGGCUAUUUCUUUUUCUUUUUUUUUUUUUUUCAGUGUGUUGUGAUGCAAAAUACUGUUCAAGGAAAAAUCCCCCUCAGCUCCUUUCCCACUGCUUUGUGCAUUCAGGUUUUAUUUGUUUUGCCUUUCAGCAACUUUGAGAGCAAAGACUAAUAUCUCAAGUAAAAUUGAAAUAAAGUAAUAUUUUACAGAGAAAUUCCAGGGAAGACGUGUCAGAAGGAUUUCUUAAUAUUUAAGGCAAGG